UUGCAAGCGCGGAAUAGUGACGUUUUAACGGUGUGGCUCUAUUAAUUCACUCAAAAUAAGUUCUUUUGUAAAAUAGAUAUGUUUUCCAUUAUUUAUUUCGUUGCUCUUGCCUUACUCCAAAGUCAACUGUCAUGUGGCAAAUUCACUCCAAUAGUGGGCGGCGCAAAUUUGACAGAGUUUAUGAAAUUACAGCGUCAAAAGCGCACCUUAAUCUUUAACGGUAACGGUUUGGUCAAGAUUGAUGCCGGCGCCAUAGCGACGGUAAAUGUGGACGAUCCCAUAGAUUGGCGCUCCAUAGUCUCGAUUAACAACAUUCAAGGUGGCUUCUAUCCCUUGCCCGACGAGCCCACCUAUCCAUGGGAGAAGUGGGAGGAUACAUUUGCGCGUUCUAUGAGGAAUUUUCGUGGGCAUACGGACUAUGAGGCGGAUGAUUCCCGUAAAUUUGUUUAUACACUUUUGGAAGUUUUAAUGGAGCGUCAGCAUGGUAAUGGCCAUCAGUGUUUGCUGCGUUCUAUUUGUCGAAAUGCGCAAGUAGACGGACAUGUUGGCAUGUUUUCGGAGUUAGUCGAUGUGGUUUUGAGACCUGGUAAGGAGGAUAUAGGUGCAGCUUACAUGGAGGCUUUUCUGGCUGGCAAAUCGGAUGCCGAUUGUAGUCGCUUGUAUGCUGAAUGUCAAGUGGCUUCUAAUUUUUUGGACCAAUAUUUGGAUUACAUAUAG